GUCAAAAAAUUUGCACAACAUUUGAAAGAAAAACAUGGUAGUAUUGAUAUAUUUAUUAAUAAUGCUGCACUGAUUACUGCAGAUUUUAAUAAAACUACUUACGAAGAUUCUUUAAAUGUACUUAAUGCUAAUUACUUUAGCAUAUUAACUAUACAGGAAUAUAUAUUUCCGAUUCUAAAAGAUAACGCUAGAGUAUUGAAUAUAUCAAGCGAUGCUGGACAUAUAUCGAAUUUAGAAAAUCCUUACUGGAUUAAACGUUUAACAAGUGAAGAUAUAAAGUUGGAAGAUGUUAAUGAUUUCGUCAAUUGGUUUUUGGAUUCAGUUAAAAAUGGAACUCUUAAAGACGAGGAUUUUGUAGAGACAGGUAUACUUGCUUAUAGAAUAUCAAAAGUGGCUCUUAGUGCAUUAACUAGAGUACAACAGAAACAAGUUGGUCGUGACAUUUCUGUUAAUUCUUUACAUCCUGGCUUUAUAAAGACAAGUAUGACCAAAAACAGUGGCUUUCUAGAAGUAGAUGAGUCAGGAAUUGCUCCCGUAUAUUUUGUACUUGACGCUGAUCAGUCUUUGAAAGGAAAAUAUUUAUGGUUUGAUAAAACUGAAAAGGACUGGACAGAUCAUAGUUUGAAAAUUCACUCGAGAAUGGACAUUUUUAUGGAGCAUUUAAGAUUAAGUAAUAAUGAUUCUUAAUAAGCCAAAAACAACGUUGAAAUGUUUCCAAAAAAUG